GUUUUCCAAAUCUUUUACUUUGUUCCCCUUUUCAUUUUCUUUUCUGCUUCCCUUGAUGGGAAAAGCACCCCUUGAGUGGUUUUUUCUUCUAUUUUGCAUUUUUUCGAAGACUUUCUUUACCGUCGGGAGCGGCCAAAGCCACAUGAAUUUUUCCAAACGCAGCCCCACUUUUUUUCCCGCACGUGCAGGAAAAAAGGGGUGGCGCGGGGUCUUUUUUGAGAUGGGCGUUUUACGGAAGUGAAAAAUGAAAAAAAAAAAACCUCUGUUUGGCCCAGGAAGGUGGGACAAAAUGUAAUAAAAUCUGAAGCUCACUCAGUACCGUAUAACCUAUCAUUUCUAACCUGUUCAAAAGUAUUUCUUUGUCCUCUCUUCUAGGCGAGUGUCAGAUUCUUUAUCGAGCUGCGAAAAGCCACAAUCUCACGCCGGCUUGCGAGGUACAUGUGGCUGGUGGUCUCGAAAACUUUGAAAAGGACGGAAAUAUUUUAAAAAUAGACAUUGGAGGUGGAACCAACCGGUCCUGGAAGGAUAGAAUGGAAAUUACAGGGAAGAACAUUAUUUCAGUUCUGUGGAUUGCUUUGUAAGAUUGUAAGACAUCUGCAUUCUUCCUGCCUCAACAGCUGGCAGAACUGGAGUGCCCGUGCGGGGGAACUCCGUUGCCGCAUUGUAGAUCUAACCCAGUUUUCAUUUUAUUUAUUUUUGAUUUAUUUAGAUUUCAAACUUGGUCACCGCCCAUCGAAUUGAGCCCCUUCUAGCCGAUUGGGACCAAAACGCUCUGAGAAAUCUCACCCACCUGAUUCUUAAAGUGCUGGAGGAAUGGAAAUGUAACAUUCACGCAGUUACAAAUACUGUCCUUUCCUACAAAAUGAGCGUGAGGGUGGUUAUUUUUCGCCCCCUUUCUGAGAACGCACACGGGACCCGGCGCUGGAGUUGGAAAUGCAAACAGAGGGUGGUUGUGUCAAUGUGCGAAGUCUGAUAUUUUCCAAUCAGGUUUCUGACGUUAUCUGUGGUUCUGUGGCUUCCAGGAAUGGUCCACUUUAUGAAAAAGUUGUCAGAAAAGUUUUUCUGGGCCAGCCGAUGAGAACGCAGGGCUAAUCUCUAUUAAUUGAGCCGUGUUUACACGGUGCAAUUUAUGGAGCUUGCACAAGAGUUUAAGAGGAUCAUAAAUUCUCAGGUGGACUUGCCUUGAUUUGGCUUAAGCGUGCUUAAGUUGUUAAUGCGUUGGCAAAGCACGCUAGGAUUGUGCAAAUUUGGAACAUCUGUGACUUGGAAAUGGCCUGAUUAGGAUCGGAAAGAUGGUCUUGUGUUGACUCCGGGUGUGAGUUGCGGGCAGGAGAAUGGGACUCCCACUUGAGGGACCCUUCCCUUCUUUUGAAGCUCCUUUUUGAGCUCUGCCAGCUGAAUUUGGAGCAGGAAACUCAGCGCCGACCUCUGGGUCUAGGGCCUGACCUUCUGAUGCUGAAGACGGCGGGAAAUGCUGCUUGUCCCCAGAGCCUUUGCAGUUGUGAAGAACCACCCGGGGUCUUGGAGGUCCCAACUUCCUGAUUUUGCAACCCAGCGUUGGGCAUUGGGGUGAUUAUGGCGUUUGUGACGGUCCACCUUCUCGCUUUGGGGUUCUUGCUGGGCCUGGCCAAGGGAGCAAUGGGCAGCAAACCUUGUAAUCGGAAGUAUUUUGGCCGUGAUGCUAUUGUCUGUGUUUGCAACCGCACGUACUGCGAUACCCAGGAUCCUGUCUCCCUCCCUCCCCUCGGCCAAUUCGUCAUGUACGAGAGCAGCAAAUCUGGGAACCGGCUGGAGCGCAGCGAAGGGUAUUUCCAGAACAAAACAUCGAUUCCAGGUUUUCUUCUGGUUUUGGAGACAGUCCAGCGGUAUCAAAGAGUAAAAGGAUUUGGGGGGUCCGUCACCGAUGCAGCCUCCAUAAACAUCCUGUCUCUAACGCCGAAUGCCCAGAAAAAUCUACUCCGUUCCUACUUCUCGGAAGAAGGGAUCGAAUACAACCUUUUGCGCCUGCCGAUGGCGAGCUGCGACUUCUCCAUCCGGCCGUACUCGUAUGACGAUUGGCCGAAUGACUUCGAGCUGAAGAAUUUCAGCCUGGUUGCAGAAGACCUCCAAAUGAAAAUCCCGCUUGUGCAUCGAGCCAAGGCCAUGUCGAAGAAGCCCAUCUCCUUGAUGGCCAGUCCGUGGACUUCUCCGAUUUGGAUGAAGACCAACGAGGAUUGGAAAGGAAAGGGAUCUCUGAAAGGGCAGGCGGGAGAUUCCUUCCACAAAACGUGGGCUUGCUACUUCGUCAGGUUUCUCGAUGAAUACGCCAAGGAGAAUUUAACCUUCUGGGCUAUCACCGCUCAAAACGAGCCGUCCUCUGGGUUCGUAAUGAAUUACCCUUUCCAGACGUUGGGGUUCACAGCAGAAUUGCAGCGGGAUUUCAUUGCACUGGAUCUUGGCCCUGCCCUGGCCCGGAGUUCGCAUAGGGACGUCCGCCUCAUUGUCCUAGAUGACAACCGAGUCCAUCUCCCAAAGUGGGCUAAAGUGGUGUUGGACAGCGACAGCCAAGCCUAUCGUUACGUUCACGGCAUCGGUGUGCACUGGUACCUGGAUUUCAUCACCUCCAUCAAGGACACGAUAGACGCCACCCACUAUCUUUUCCCCAAUUAUUUCCUGAUCGCCACCGAAGCCUGUGCUGGGUCCCACUUUUGGGAACGGGACGUUAUCCUUGGAUCCUGGAGCCGAGGGGAAGAGUACAGCCACAGCAUCUUGGAGAACCUGAACCACCAUGUCAUCGGAUGGAUUGACUGGAACCUGGCGCUGGAUUUAGAAGGAGGGCCCAACUGGGUGAAGAACUUCGUGGACAGUGCAAUCAUUGUGGACACCACCAGCGACAUCUUUUAUAAGCAACCCAUGUUCUACCACUUGGGGCAUUUCAGCAAAUUCAUUCUUGAAGGUUCUCAGCGUGUUGGGCUGACAGUUACUCAAAGAUCCUUUAAUUGCAACCUGGAGCACGUCGCCAUGCUUCGCCCCGAUGGAUCCGCGGUGGUGGUUGUCCUUAACCGGUCUUUGUACAACAUCUCCUUUGGCAUUUCCGACUCCCUUGGUCUGAUUUUAACAGAAAUCCCGGCCAAUUCCAUCCAGACUUAUCUAUGGCGGCGCCAGUGAGGAAGGAGAACCAGACUGGGGGCCGGCUGGGAGGACAAAAAGGCCAAGCCGCCCGGAGAGUUUGCUAGCCCUUGUGGGAGCGGAGAGAUUGGCUCAGCCCAAUGGGUUAUGUUCAUUGUCCCCGCACUGGGAGACAGACCUUUCUAAUGAGGGACGAAGCAGAGUUUUGAUGGUCGCUGGGCUGUUGGGGUGAACCAGACCAAGUGGGCUGGAAUGACUGCCAAUUUUCUUUUUUUAAACGGGCAUGGUUCCCAUGAACCGAAACCAAGGUGUUCCCCCCAAUUUUCUGGUAUCAUGAUGCUUUUCCUGGCAAGACUGUUGGCCAAGCUAUGAAGCGCGCCUGAUUAAGCCACAAAUCCUGGCUUACCAGCCGCAGAGGCUGCUUCUCUCCAAGCCAAGUUAGGAAUUUCAUCUCGUUGAGUUGAACCUUGCUGAGCCCAUCCCGUUCCAGAUUCCUAGCUUCUCCAUAGUCGGUGUUUGCAAUUAAGCACGUAGGACCAUCUUUCUCCCACGUUUACGGUGUCCAUCUUCAAUCCCCCCCCCUUUAUUCCACAGCUUAAUACCGACCCUUUGCUUAUUCUAAUCCACUAAGAUCUGCUUUUCUCCAAUUCAGAUCACGGGUGCUGCGCAAGGGAGAAUUAAAAUAGGGUGUAGAUGUUUUGUUUCAUUUGCAUACAGCCCCUUCUAGGUACUUGAAGGGGGUCUUGGUGCCCCUCCCCCCACAUCUCCAGCCCAGCUCCCUCAAUCAAACCAACUUGGCUUCCUCUCUAUGACCAUCAUCCAGAAUAUCCUUCGCUCCGUGGAGCUUUCAAAUCCGUUUGCAGACGGGGCUGUGCAGAACGGACGCCCUGCAGUUGGAGUUUGGCGAGCCCAGCCCGGAGGGGAUCCGCGACCUCUUGUGAUUUAGAAAUAAUACUUUUCUUGGUGCAAAAAAUCGCAUUCCACAUC